AUGACGACACCCAGCGAGCAGAUCGAGCCCAUUGUCCGGUUGGUGGUGGCAUCUCUACUGCAAAAUGCUCCACCCGGCCCACUGGGUAUACCUCGACCGAAGGCGAUCAGACGACAAAUCGCCAGCACUCCUGGGCAUGAACACCUUACCCCUAAUAUCGAGCAACGGGCAGUCAACAAGAUCCAGAUGUGCCUGAAAGCCCUGGGCUCUGAGCCGCCCCCGUCGCCGCUAGAAGCGACAGCGUGGGAAAUGUUCAAUCGAGCUGCGAGAAAUGCUGAUUUUGGUAUCGUGCGAGCAAUGGACUUCCUUCGCUGCAAAGACGAUGAGAGACUCGCGCACUUCAACUGGACACAAGUGGCCAUGCUACUCCCCGGAAAUCAACUCAAUUCCCGGGUAAUGCACACCAUUUUGGAUGCGUAUGCCCGCCCCCGUCCAGAUAUCCACAUCUUGCCCGAUGGCCCCCUCCCGCCCCCAUCCGAAGUACGUGAGCAGAUGUCCAAAAUCGGCGCGACCGAGGUCUAG